AUGCGCAAUCUGCGAAACCGCCUAGCCCCAGAACACAGAAUCCCACGCUACCACGCCUUCUCCACCCCCGAAGAGCAAGCAGCAUACAUCGAUGAUACAGCCCCCUCCCCCGCCAUCCUCCCUUACGCCGUGAACAGCUCACCCACGUUGACUGAGAUCUCUUUAGCUCGGGAAAUCAUAAUCAGGCCCUUGGAAGAAGACGGCGAUGUUUACGACCAAGGAACGUCAAGCAACCAGCCUAAAACCGCAGAAGAACACAUUCUUGAGCGCAUUGGCAGAUUGAUCGCCAUGCUCACAUUACACAACCUAGCCAGGUCGUGUGAUGAGAUCAAAGAAGACGAUUGGGAAGAGUACAUCACACCCUACGAAGAAAGCGAUCUGGAGAUGCUGGAACGUGUCUGCCCAAAGCAAUGGUGGGACAAGGAUAUAAGAGAUGCAUGGCCGAAUCUGAUCGUAUUUGCGCGACGGGCAGGGAGAUUCGCCAAUUAA